AUGCACCAUCUUCGAAAACUCUUAAAAUAUUUUCAGAAGGGUCAUUUGUUGAUUUAAGACAGGAAGGUGGUUAUUAUUUGGAUAAGACUCACUUUAUCUCUAAAAUAGAGGAUCUUAAUGCUCGUGCGAUACUCUCCCUACGUCCUCACUUUAUGGAUCAAUAUCAACAAGAGUUGGGACGCCAUUUUCAAGUUAUUGACGAAAAUACAGAUGCUUUGGGGAAUUUUGAAAGGUUACUGAAUGCUGUAAAACGGAGUGGUCACAAGCUCUAUCUUUGCAUCGAUGAAUAUGAUGCUGGUAUGAACGAGGCCCUUAAAAAUGAAACCAUCUUACAACCUCUUAUCGCUCAUCAUAGUUCCUCAGUUCAAAGUAAAGUAGAAAAAAUCGAGAGUUCGUUCAAACAAUUCUACAGUCGUUUGAAGUACGCUUGUGAUGGAGGCAUAGCUCGUGUUUUCCAAACUGGUGUGACCCCUAUCGUUAUGGCCGAAUUCACCUCGGGUUUUAAUAUUUCGGUAGAUUUGGCGCUAGACGAAGAAUUCUGGGACUUGUAUGGGUUUAAGAAAUUGGAAAUUGAGUUUCUCUUGGAUAAGGUUUUCGGAAAUAGUUUAUCAGAUAAUAUUAAAGAGGGAAUAAUGUCAUGGUUAAAGGAGGAAAAUGAUGGGUAUUUUUUUCAUCGUGAUCAACCUGAAGGGAUUUUCAACACUGCACGCGUCCUGUACUGUAUCAGGAUGUUUAUGAAACAAAAGAAAAAAUUGGAGUAUAGUGGGGAUCCUUCAGUCGUCCUUAAUACACUUCUUAAUUUUCCCCCCGACCCGCAAACAUUACCCUUUCAAACAACAUUGAACCUAAUUUUCAAUAAUCCCCUCGGCAAAUCCAUCCUUACCGAAGCACUCAAUCGACGUCCUCUCGAAUCUAGAAAUGGCAUAGAACAACGAUUUCGACUCUCCAAUAUUCGCGAGCUAACAAUCGACCGUACCCCGUUAUUAUCAUUCAUGUUCUAUACUGGAGCCAUCACAUAUCAACCAAACCCAUCGCCCAUAUCAUUACAACACAAUUUUCGAAUCCCAAAUCGUAUUGCCGAGGGUGAGUUUAUCUCAGAAGCGCUUAAGAUUUAUGACUGGAAAAAGGAGGAUUUAGUACCUGUACGGAAUUGUCUGCAGAUUUUGGAGGCAGAAGAUAACAUUGAGCCUCUUUGCCGAUUUAUAGAGGAAGCUUUACUAAAACCAUUGAAGGACAAUAGUGUUAAGCAUUCAAAUGAAGAGGCAUUGAAACAAGCUUUUAUGGACACUUUAAUUCUCACUCUCCACGCAGACAUUGAACCAGAAUUUCAGGUGUAUUCUCAGAGCUCGAGUUUUGGUAGAAAAGCAAUUGAUUUAGUGAAGAUAAGUACCAGAAAAAGGAUAGCAAUCGAAUUUGAUAAUAUUAAGAUGGAGAACAUUAAAUUAGACAAAGCUCGAGGUAGUUGGCAGGAAGCGACAGAGGUGUCACGAUCGUUAUUGGAAAAAUCAGAGGAGGAAAUUUUAAAACUAAAAAUCAAUGAUCCAUACCGGAGAGAUCAAAAGACAGUUGAGGAAGCUUUGAAAUGGAAGAUUGAAAAGAAAAGCCGAGAAUAUCUCGAACCAUUAAAAAAUCGACAAGAUGCAGAUUUGAAAUGUAUGUUUGUUAUUUUGAGAGUUGGUUUGCACCGUCUAAUUAGCAGGAAAGUUUAUGAUGUUAAUGAAUAA